GUGCGCCCACCGUGUUUCGGGUGUAUGCGCGUGCGUUUGUCUCCCGGUUUGGAUCACGAUGAUGCAAAGUGCGGCGGUCCUAACGACAGAGAGUCCUGUUAAGAGUUUACCGGAGAUUCUCGGAGUGCCACUGCAACAGAUCCCUCAGUGUGCCGGCUGCAGUCAGCACAUCCUGGACAAGUUCAUCCUGAAGGUGCUGGACAGACACUGGCACUCCAAGUGCCUCAAGUGCGCCGACUGUCAGACUCCGCUGGCGGACAAAUGUUUCUCCCGAGCCGGAAACGUCUACUGCAAGGAGGAUUUCUUCAAACGUUUUGGAACAAAAUGUGCGUCGUGCCAGCAGGGGAUCCCUCCCACACAGGUUGUGCGGAAGGCACAGGACUUUGUGUAUCACCUGCAUUGUUUUGCCUGCAUAAUGUGCAGCCGACAGCUGGCCACAGGGGACGAGUUUUACCUCAUGGAGGACGGAAGGCUGGUGUGCAAGGUGGAUUAUGAGACGGCCAAACAAAACGACGACUCCGAGGCGGGGACCAAACGACCAAGGACCACAAUCACGGCCAAGCAGCUAGAGACCCUCAAAAGUGCCUACAAAAACUCCCCCAAGCCGGCGCGCCAUGUCAGAGAGCAGCUGUCCUCAGAGACGGGGCUGGACAUGAGAGUGGUGCAGGUUUGGUUCCAGAACCGGCGAGCGAAAGAGAAGCGUCUAAAAAAAGAUGCAGGACGACAUCGCUGGACUCAGUUUUAUAAAAGUGUUAAACGCAACCGAGGAGGGACGAAAGUGGAGAAGGAAAGCUCGGCCGACGACGCAGGACUCAGUGACAGUGAGCUGAGCUUCAGAGAUGACCAGGUCCUGUCAGAUCUCGGACACACCAACGGCCUUUACGGGAGUGUUGGUGACGUGACCAACAGCGGGGUGUUGAACGGCGGCUUCUCCGUCGACGCGGCGGGACAGCCGUACCACGACAUCAGAGCAGGAAGUCCCUACGGUCUCCCUCAGUCGCCCUCCUCCAUCACCUCUCUGCCCGGCCACACCCCCCUCCUCAACAACCUGGGCUUCAGCAUGGACAGUCUGGUAGUGCAGGGCGGCCCGGGUGGCGUGGGACAGGCGCUGAGGGCCAUGGCGGGGGGCCCUACCUCGGACCUCUCCACAGGCAGCAGUACAGGAUAUCCCGAUUUUCCCACCAGCCCCGCCUCAUGGCUGGACGAGAUGGACCAUUCCCAAUUUUGAGUGUUUAACCUGGAAGAAGAUCGCUGUGAGGAUACAACAAAACAGACCAACAUGGCUCUUGACUUUUCUUUCUAUCAACCAGCGAGACUGGUCGGGAUGUGUAGUCUGGACAAAAGCCGUGUAAAGCCCCUCCACACGGCUGAAUGUUCAAUCUCAAACCUGUAUCAUACAAUCUUCUGUCAUCACCUGACUUUAUUUUGUUCACCUGACUGGAUUUCAAAUCAGUCAAAGGAUUUUUCUUACAGGGAAGCCCCAUAAUACACCCUCAUUGUCUAACGGCUACGACAUUAGGGUUACAAUCUUGAUCUCCGUCCCUAUGAGAACCAGGAGGCACCUGCAUGCUUCUGAUUGUUGAUGCGUAAGACUGCAGUCCGUCUAUAUCAGAGCCUUUACAUUGGCGAUGCACUUUACUCUCCUCCUCUUUUUCUACACGUUUGGACAGAAAUGCAGAGAGAGGAGGAGCAAGAGGAGAGACAUAUGCACAAGGCAAAAUCACAGUGUUUCAUUGGGAGAGAAAUUUACAAGAAGAGUGGCACAAGUGUGAUUUUUGAACCAUGCUGAUGUUUUUUUAUGAAUUGCAGAAGCUUACACGUUAUUAGGAAGUAGGUGGUCUGUCCGUCCCUCUGUCAGUAGUAACUGAUGUCUCCUCUGUUUGAGUGAAGCGCACACAGCUGGUCUCUUCUAUAUUUAUAGUUGCUUGACUUGUUCUUGUCUGUUUAAAAAGCUGUCUGAGCAGACAUCUGUCAGUAUUGAGUUAUCUCUGUCUGGACUCAAAAGGGAUCAAAGAUAAUGUGUUGGAGGAGAGUCAAGAAAUUGAGGGUUUGGAGAAAUGUAACUUCGGUUUUUCCCGUAAUAUAUCACACAUCUAAAUGAUUAAUUUAUUUUUUUUAAUGCACAUUUUACAGAUUGUCACAGAUUGGUGUCACAGUAAUAUUGGUCACACACAUUCAACUCACCAACGAGUAUUAGCAGGAGCACUGAUAAAGAUGUGCUUUGUGUUAGCUUUGCAGUCUGAUCAGAGCUUCUCUUAGUAAUCUACUCAGUCCAGCAGAGUUCCAGAUUUGCUUGCGAUCAACCUACUUACUGACCCCAGAUGUAUUGUCAGUCUGUUCUCUCCCCUGCCUGGCCUCCAUGUCAGAGGGAUUACCACAGAGCCCCCCACUAUCAGAGCUGAUUCUCUGCUGUAGCUUCACUGCAGGCGUGAUUGCUGAGCUGAACUUACUGUUCAGGCCUCAACAGCUUCAUCUUA